CACAAGUUUUGGAUAUAAGUUUGUGCAACAAAAGUCGAUAUUUAAAAAGUCGGUAGGCCUCACCCCCUAUCUUUUUCUUUUUCCUUUCUGGAAGUUUCUAUCACCCUCUUAUUAUUCUCCUAUUCUCUCUUUCUCUCUUUGAUCUCGAGCUUUAAAGUUUCUCAGAGCAAAAUGUCAAAACUAUUUUGGGGCAAAGAUCCAUUUGAUGAUCCGUUCUUCACUGGUCAUUUCCAUGACCAUGGUGGAUCUAGAAAGGAGAUAACAAUCGAGGAAUUGGACACCGAUGGCGGAAAUUCAGCUCCUAACACACAAGUAUCAGUCACCAAAACCCCAACACACAAAUCUCAAGAAUCUGAUAGCUUCAGCUUCCGAAGAGUUGCAUAUGGUGGUGUCAAUGGAGUGUACUACAGUUCUUCUAUAGGCCAAAGGACUGGUAGUGAUGGGGUGGUUUUUCUAGAAAUCAAAGAAGAAGAUAAGAGUGUGGGUCAAGCAUUGCAUACAAUUUCCAGAGGAAUACAUGAGAAGGGUCAUACACUGACAAAAAAACGCGACCCAUUUGGCAAAGAGGAUUCAUUGCAAAUUCUACAUAAUCUAAAUGAGGAUGAACUAAAUGCGUUUGAAGAAAAUUGGAAAGUCAAAGCAGACAAGCAUAUACCUGGUUGGAAUGACGGAUUCAAUUUGCUUGAGAAUGCAGGGAUGGAGGGUUAUGGUGAGUUAGGUUGGAAAGAUGAGGGGGGUUGGGGCAGGUGGACACUGCCAUGGAGAGAUGAGUGGGGAACGGAUGGUGGUCAGCCCUCUUCUGGAAGGGUCAAAAAGGUUACCCCAGUUGAUAUCAUGUAAUCAACUCUAAGGGCGAGUUCACUUAUGACUCGUCAGAUGAGUUUAAAAACUAUGGAGUUAUACUAGAUGCGCAAGUAGUUUGACAUAAGUGUGUUUUUAAUGUUAUGUGGUUAUAUAAACUUUGACAUAAGUUUAUCCUUGUUUUA